UGUCCUGAACUUCCAGUGUGAUUUGUUGACUGUACUGCUCCGCUCAAUGGUGAGGGUGACGGCUUGUCUGAAUACCGUAACAAAGCGAGCUACAUUAAUGCAUUGAUGUUAAGUUGACGGUUGAUAAAACGCUUGGAUAUCACGCUUUUCGUGAUUAAGGUCAAAGGCUUGGAGCAACUGAAGAACAGAAGGCUUUCUUCUUCCCUUUCUUUUAGACUUCUACUUCCUCUUUGAAUCUAGGGUGAGAUAACUGGCAGCCAGAAACACAUUAUUUCUGUCAGCAGGGAAGAUGGAGUCCGAUGCAAGUGUAUCCAAUGGCGCAGGGCCUGUGCAGGAGGCAAAAGAAGAGACCCUCAGUCCUGAAGAUCUGUCUGAGAUGCUUGCAGAAGGGACCAAAGAGGUUCAUGAAAAGGCUGAGAAUACCCAAUUUGUGAAAGAUUUCCUCAGGGGACGGAUCCGCAGAGAGCUAUUUAAGCUUGGUUCUGUAGCACUCUACUACACUUACACAGCCAUGGAGGAGGAGAUUGAGAGGAACAAGGACCAUCCACACUUCGCACCGCUUUAUUUUCCUGUAGAGUUGCACCGUCAUGAAGCUCUGGCUCGUGACCUUGAGUACUUCUACGGUCCUGACUGGCAGAACCAGAUCAGCUGUUCCCAGGCCACUCAACACUAUGUAGACCGUAUCCACCAAGUAGGGCUGGAGGAUCCAGUGCUGCUGGUUGCCCAUGCCUACACUCGCUACAUGGGAGACCUUUCAGGAGGUCAGGUCUUGAAGAAGGUGGCACAGAGGGCCAUGAAACUCCCUCCUACAGGAGAGGGUCUAGAAUUCUAUCAUUUUGAUGGUAUUCACAGUGCCAAAGCAUUCAAGCAGCUUUACCGCAGUCGGAUGAAUGAGUUGGAACUGGACAUGGAAACGAAGAAAAGGCUGGUGGAGGAGGCUGUAAAGGCCUUCCACUUCAACAUGGAGGUGUUUCAGGAGUUGGAAGAGAUGGGGAAAAAUAUUCAAGAAGAUGUUUUAGAUGCUGGUAUGCCCGUCCAUGGAGCGAUGGGUGGAGACAUCAACAAAUGCCCCUACUAUGCUGCCAAAAUGGCGGCAUCGGGUGGAACAGCGUACGCCUGUCAACUCACCAUGGCUUUACUCCGACACCCAACAGGACAAGUUCUAUUUGCUACUUGGUUUGCUGCUUUGGCUGGAUUGGCGGCGUGGUAUCUGAUGUGAUCCAGCCGUCAUCAUGUUAUUCUGCUGCUGUGAGAGAAAGAGAAGGAAAAAUAAGAGACAAGAAUGUGUGAAGGCUAGAAAAUUCCCAAAAACUGUAGUCCCUUUCAUUGUCUCACACAGAUAUUCUUAAGGGGUCCGAGUUUAUUUUUCGCAUUUGCUUGGACCUGCCCCUUACCUAUGGAAUUCCAAUGAGAUGAGCUACAGUGUAGGACCAGUAGGACAUCAGCUCCAUCCAUCCAUCAAAGCCACAUCUUGUUACAGUUUGUCCUGCAGUUUUGUCAUUUCUCUACCUCUUUGCACGAUCCAUCCAACUCCAGUGUGUGUGAUCGUUCCCCAAAAUCCUCUAGCUUUUUGCUUAUUUUCACAUGAAAGCACACAAUAUGAGUAGAUAAUUUGCUGUGAAAUGACAUUUUGACUUACUUAUUGAACAGGAAGGUUAGAGAGUUUGAUAUGAAAAUUUUAAUUGGCUCUACAGUGGAUUGAGGAGAGCUUCAGAGAGAGCUUAGGAAAAGGAAUAUUAAUUAAUACUAUGCAUUUGUUAUGCAUGUGAAGGAUAACAGUCUUACAGACUGCUGUGCUUUAUAAUGUGGCCUUUGUUUUUCCAUUGAAAAUAUUUUAAUUUGCUGGAAGAAGUUGAACUUAGUAAGGAAAUAUUCAAACGGUUUUUUAUUUGUAAAUGUAAACAUAGGAAACAUUUCAGUUGACUGUAUUUUUAUUCCUACAUGCUGCCGAUAUCUGUGUCUGUGUCCAGAGGCAUUGAGUGUUUGGGGUGUCAGUCUGUCCAUCCAUCCCAUACACAUGAAAGUGAUAUCUCAGGAACGACUUUAGGGGAUCUCUUCAAAUUUGGCACAAAUGUUCGCUUGGACUGAAGGAAGUACUGAUAAGACUGUGAUCAUACGAAAGAUGUUUUCUGCCAUAACUCAAGAAUUAGCUAAAUUUUACACAG